AAGAACACCACCAAGAUUAACAUCAAUCUGACCAUAACUGCUCCCGAGACCACCACCCCUUCAAAACUCUCUGUGAAACCAGGAGACCUUCAGGCUUCAGGUGAGUAGCGAUGUGUCUCUGUCCUGGCCCUUGGGAGUAGCUCUGUCUCUGUGUCCCAACCUGUGAGCCCCCAGCCUUUGGGUCAGUAGCUCUGCCUUUGUGUCCCACCCUGUGAGACCUCAAGCCUUUGGGUCAGUAGCUCUCUCUCUAUGCCCCAACCUGGGCACCCAAUGACCCAGAGAGAACUCCAGACUUUGGGUCAGUAGAUCUGUCUCUUUCUCCUAACCUGGCAUCCUGGUAGACCAAGCAAGGGGGCUACACCCCUCUCCCCUCAUUGGUACAUUUCUUUCUUUGCAGGAUUAUUGGGGAGAUUUGUUGCCCUGUGUCUCGCUGUUGUUUCCCUCGGGCAUCUCCUAAUCAAUCUGCUGCCCUGGAUGGAUGCAAAAAGCCUGGAAAGUCGAUGCUGUUGCCCUUGUCUCAGUAACGGGAUCAGUGGAACUAUUCCCAGAAUCCAGCAGAGUCUCCGUACUGCCCUCGGUUACACUGGCUUGUUAUUCCUGAUGGGUCAGAUUAUCAGCAUCACCCUAUGGUUAUACUACGGGUAUAAGAGUGUCUUCGACUGGACUCUCCUGGGCGCUGUGGCCCUCAACACUGGGAUUUGCAUAAUGGGGAUCUGCUCAGGAGCCAUUACACCCCCGUGCCCAAAGGCAGUGUGCCCCCUAUCUGACAUGUUACAGAAGAUCGAGUGGCUCAGUGUAGCCUAUACGUCUAUCAGCAAGUUCAUAAUGUUGGGAUAUUCCAUCUCCUUGUUGGUGCUGUACUGCUUGAGAUCCGACAAUGGGAAAGUGGAAAACUGGAUUCUUAUUCUCAUCAUCAUCAUCAUUUUGGGCCUUUUAAUUGAUGUUGUGACUUGUGUGUGCAUAUACAGAGGGUGCCGGCAGGAUCCUUCCCCCGCGGUGACUAAAGCAGAAGGUGAGAUCCUUCCAGAAAUGGAGCAACUCAAUCCUCCCGGAGCAAUGGAUGGGGGGCCUGUGGGCAUCGUGGCAGUACUGUGCUGAGCCCCCCCCCCAGGUCCGACUCCUUCAUUUCCCCUGUGUUUCCCAGUAGAAUAAAUAUGAGACUGUUACAGAGACACCCCCGGUGCCUUAGAGAGUGGGGGGGAUCCCGUUCCCCUAAUUAGUGGGAAGGUGACUGGGGCAUUGGCACACUGUUAGUUGUAGCUCUUAUUCGCCUGCCAGUGCCCAGUUACCCACCCACGCAGACUGUAAGCUCCUCCCCCUCUUAAAUUCUGUAUAUUGAAGUCUGCACUUCCUGCCUGUUUGGUGCUGCUGCUUCCUCCGUGCCUUAUACAUAAAGCAAACUGAGCCUGGAUGCCCCAACUAUACAGCUGGAAUUGCACCCUCUCGCACCCAGUGGCAUCAUAAUAGUUCUGCCCCAAUGGCACUUGCACCGGGGUAAUUCUGCCUUCCUGGAACCCUGGGGCCCGAGCUUUGAUGUGCAGAAAAAUGGAAAAUGUCCAUCCCAAGCCCCGUUCAUUGCACUCGUAUUCAGGAAGAGGGUGUAUUUCCCCUUUAAAUGUUCUACAGAGACAUAACGGGGCCUGCCUGGACGUAUGAGACAUUCCGCACAUAUGGAAUUUUUAUAUUUCUUUGUUGGAUCUUUUUUUCCAGGUCCCAGUUAGCUGAUUAAUUGCACUGAUUCUGUUUGCUUUGAAUCCAUUUUUCUGCCUUUGCCUCCUUCCCAAUGCCCAGACAGACAUACAGGGUUACAUAGUGACCCCCGCAGCAGUAAAUUCCUGGGACAGGAAUAUACUAUAAUAUAAUAUAUUAUAAAUCCCGGAUAAAAGUGUAAGACACUAGUGUUCAUUCAGCAGUAUGUCUGUCUGGGCUCUGGGGGGCGCUCGUGCCACAUAAAGAAAUGCAGCGUCGGGGGCUCCAGCCCAGCUCUCUCCUGGGGCCCCGGUAGCAAAGUGCCAGCAUUUAUAUGUGAGAAGCCGUUUGUGUAGCUCAUUAGGAACAAAAUGGGUAAAAAUGCAUAAAUUCGGCUUUAUUUGUGUUCCUCUUGUGUACAUAUUUAAUAUUGUGUUCCUAUUGUGUAUAUAUUUAAUAUUGUGUUCC